AUGGCUUCUACAAAUCAAUUAUGCUUAGUUUUAGUUAUUUUCUUUUUAGUCUUUUCACUUUCUUCUUUGUCAACAAGUGCAAUUAUUCCAAAGGCUAAUGUUUCCCUUUCGAUACCUUCAUCGCAACUAGUAGAAAAUUUAUGCAAUGGCAAGGAAAUUCAAGAUCGCGGGUUUUGUUUGAAAGCACUUUCCACCCCCGAAGUUAUUGCGGCAAUGGAUACAACCCAAUUAGGAACCCUCAUUAUGAAAUUAGGAGCAGCAAAUGCCAAAGCAAGGUUAAAUGUAUAUAAUGAAUUAAUUAAGAAACCAGAAUUGGUUGAAGAUCCCGAAAGCGCAAACUAUGAUGUAGCUGUUAUAGGUCCCGAAAUUGCUAAUUGUGAAAAGGAACUGAUUAACGCAAAGGUUCAAGCACAUCAACUCCUUGCUGGGAAUCGAUUUAUGAAAUAUUAUGUCUCAAUGGGAUAUGAGAUAACAUCAACUCUGGAGCUUGAAAAUCCAAAUGAGCGUGUUGCCAUUGUUGCUGCUGUUGAAACUGUGAAUUAA